CAGGGGAGGGGCGUAUUUGGCAAUCCUGGGUUGGUUGGGUGCGGCCGUGAUGGAGACAAGACCCAGGAUUGGCUAUCUCAUGGAGUGGGGCGCCAACCAUAGCCAUAAAUCCUCCUACCUAGGGAACUGUUGGCCUUUACUUUGGAAAUCACUGUCUUAGAGGGAAGGAAGUUCUUGACAUCCCCUCUGUUCUUGCCCUCAUUUUGAUGUGCCCCCUCCUGGGUAGAAGGACCUGCUAACUUCUAAAUAGCCGCUAGCUCCAGUCUUUCAGUUCUGAGGCUGGAUCAGAGCAAGGGGCGGGCAUAGGGAUAGGGCCUGCGCUCAAGAGGGCGGGUCAUUGCAAAAGAGGCGGAGCCUAGCGGGAAUUAGUAGCUGGGGAGGCCUGGGACUCGGGGGCGGGCUCAACCCCGGAAGAAUCGAUUCCGGUAAGAUUAGUUACUUCCGGCCUAGUCUGCCGCCGGGACCGGACAACCGGGAACUGGGAAAUGAAAGGCCGGGGCCGCAGCCGUCAUGGAGCCAGCGGGCCCUGAGAAAGAGAACAGGACCAAGAUACGCUGCUGAAAACUCUUCCUCCCCUCCAUUGAGAGAGGAGGGAGUCCCACCAGGAUGACCAAGCUGCCCGUCAACUCCUCGAGGGAUUUGGAGCAAAGUCUUCCUGCUGUGGCCUCCCUGAGCACCUCGCUGCCCAGAAACCAGAGCUUCUCAACACCCUUCUUCCCACCCCUCCCAGAGAAGCGCAAGGCCAUUUCAGAUGUCCGACGGACCUUCUGCCUCUUUGUUACCUUCGACCUGCUUUUCAUCUCUCUGCUCUGGAUCAUUGAGCUGAAUACAAAUACAAGCAUCAAGAAGAACCUGGAAAAGGAGAUUAUCAACUACAACUUCAAAACCUCCUUCUUCGAUAUCUUUAUUCUAGCCUUCUUUCGGUUUUCGGGGCUGCUGAUGGGCUAUGCUGUGCUGAGGCUUCGACACUGGUGGGUGAUUGCGAUUACCACGCUUGUGUCCAGUGCCUUCCUCAUCGUCAAGGUCAUCCUUUCUCAGCUGCUCAGCAAAGGUGCCUUCGGCUAUCUGCUCCCUAUUGUUUCCUUCGUCAUCGCCUGGCUGGAGACAUGGUUCCUCGACUUCAAGGUCUUGACACAGGAGGCAGAGGAGGAACGAUGGUAUCUGGCUGCCCAGGCUGCUGCUGUACGGGGACCCCUGCUCUUUCCUGGGGCAUUGUCUGAAGGACAGUUCUAUUCUCCUCCAGAGUCAUUUGCAGGAUCUGACAUUGAAUCUGAUGAUGAAGAAGCUGGGAGAAAAGGCUUCUCUAGCCAGGAUCGGGAGUAUAUCCAGCAGGGGAAGGAAGCCAUGGAGGUGGUGGACCAAAUCCUGGCUCAAGAGGAGAACUGGAAAUUUGAAAAGAAUAAUGAAUAUGGGGACACUGUGUACACUCUUGAAAUUCCUUUCCAUGGCAAGACAUUCAUCCUCAAGGCAUUUCUGCAGUGCCCGGCAGAGCUGGUAUACCAGGAAGUCAUCCUGCAGCCGGAGAAAAUGGUCCUAUGGAAUAAGAUGGUGAACGCCUGCCAGAUCCUUCAUCAAGUAGAGGACAACACUCUCAUCACCUAUGAUGUGUCUUCAGGGACUGCAGGUGGAGUGAUCUCCCCCAGGGACUUUGUGAAUGUCCGGCGAAUCGAGAGGCGGAGGGACAGAUACCUCUCCUCAGGCAUGGCUACCACUCACUUUGCCAAGCCCCCGAUGCACAAGUAUAUCAGGGGUGAGAAUGGGCCCGGCGGCUUCAUCGUGCUCAAGUCCCCCAACAACCCUCGAGUCUGCACCUUUGUCUGGGUCCUCAACACAGAUCUCAAGGGCCGCCUGCCCCGAUACCUCAUUCACCAGAACCUGGCCACCACCAUGUUUGAAUUUGCCUUCCACCUCCGGCAGCGGGUCGGGGAGUUAUGUGCUCGAGCAUAGCCAGCCUCGCACAGGGCCCCGGGCAUCCAUCGCUCCUAAAAGGUCCUCUUCCCUGGCCUGGACUCCAAGGUCCCCCGGGCCAGGGGCUCCUCCUGCCUCUGCCCCGCCAGCUACGCCGAUCCUUGGGAGCUCUCCAGUGCUAAGGGCGGGGGUGGCUGGAGUCUGGAGGGCUCACUCUGCUGGUUAAGGGUGUCUGUCUUGCUGGUAUUUGCACGUCCUACCACAGGGGGGCAGGACACAAUUGAGGGGAGAGCAGCCAGCUCCUGACUGCAGCAGUGUUGGGGGUGAUAUGUCCCUGGGCCAAGGUGUCCCCAGGAGAAGCAGGCCUGUGUGCCGGGACCAGGGAGCUCUGUAACCAGUGGGCGACACGGGGAGUCACUGGUCCCCCAGCUUUCCCACCGGCUUUUUAUAACAGUUAUUUCAAGGGUCUGGGACUCUUUUUUUUUUUUCCCAACAGAAACUGGUGGAGGGAGGGGAUAUGGCCCUGCCUCCCCCCACUGGGAACCUUUGCUCCAGCUCAUUCAUUAAAAACCUGUGUGGAAGCA